AAGUUUACAAAUUUUUAUUUUUUUCAUAUACCCCUCGCAAAAUCUAUACCAGUACUCUCCGCCACCUUUGUACAUUCUAAAAGUAACAACAUAAAAAUUCUAUCACGUCACAUUUUUUUUCUACCCCCAAAUAUUUGUUUUUAGGAAUCAUUCUUAACUCUCGAUCUUUGGUGUUGCAUCACUUGUUUAGUUUAAAAGAUAUUCUUUGUUUAAUUAAAAAAAAAAUGUCGCGUAGACAGUGUAAUCAUAGUUGUGAUCGCUUUUGUUAUGUUUGUGGACAAUUUAUAUUUAUAAAGAAGAAAAGACAUAUGACGGAAUCGUUGAAAAUUGCAUAUCUUCAUUAUUUCGGAUUUCCUGUGGCCAAUCAAGAAAAAAACUGGGCUCACUAUGUGUUUUGUGAGAGCUGUAGAAUCACUUUACUGUGAUGGUCAUCCAGCAAAAACGUACACCUAUCAUUUGGUACACCAAUGUUGUGCAGGGAACCAACUAAUCACGAAAAUGACUGUUACUUUUGUGUUAUUAAGACUUCGGGUUUUAAUAGGAAAACUAAGUCGGGUAUUGUGUAUGCAUAUGUCACUUAAAGAGGGGGUGUUUGGCGUCCCACAAGUACGCAAAAUCAUAAGUGAUUUUAAGUUUGAUACCUACUCUUUUAUCUACGACUGAAAGAGUUGCUUGGAAUUCAUUCAAAACUGUUGUUAGAGACUUUUUAAGCAAUAAUAAAAGUGAAAACAAUAAAGAGAUAGUGAGUGAUUCAUUACAAAAUUAUCAUAAGAUGGGUGUUAACAUGUCAAAUGAUUCAUUUUCUACAUUCCCACUUGGAUUUUUUCCGGAAAACUUAGGAAGCAUGAGCGACGAACAAGGAGAGCAUUUUCACCAGGAUUUAAAGGCUUUUGAAGAUCGUCAUCAAGGCUAUUGGGACGAAAAUAUGUUAGGAGACUACUCCUGGUCUAUAUUAAGAGAAACCGAUUCCGAAACCUACAAAAAGAAGUCCAAAAUUAAUCAUUUUUAGUUGUUUAUGGUCCGUUUUCUCGUGUUUUUUAAAUUAAGUAUAAUUCCAAAUGUGGACGUGAUAGAUUUUUUUAAAUAUUUUUCCUAGAGUACCUAUAGAUAGAUAGAUAAAAUUCAACAACUUUCAUCUGGGGUAUAAAAACCGUGUAAACUAGUGUAAUUUAUUAUAUCUAUUUAAUAAUUAGUUUGUUUGCUAAUUUGUAUAAGGAAAUAGGAAGUACGGACUAGGAGCAGUUUAUAUUUCGGACCGUGGUUUGGGUGGUACAAAGUACUUAACUUUGCAUAAUUUAUUUUAAUAUAUGUAUAAUUGCGGAGACAGCAACUUUUCAUUAUUAAAACUCACACUAUCAUACCUUUAUUUAUUUUUCAGUUGAAACAAACUUACCUGAUUUGUUUUUUUGUUUUCAUGACCCAUAAACAAACGUGCUAUGUAAAACAGCAAUAUUUUGUUGUUUAUUUUAUUAAAACGAUUUUUUUUUAAUUCUUGAAUUUGGUCGUUUCAUUAUUAAAAGUUUUGUGAAAACAUAUUUCUUUAUUAUUUUGUGUCCACAUUUCAAAAUUUGGUGAAUUUGUACAAGCACUCUAAAAUAACAUUUCUAAAAUAUCAUAUUCAUUUAUAUUUAGACAAUUCCCAAUGAUGAAACUAAUAAAUUAUUAAAGGAAUUUUGAAACUGAACAUAGUUUUUGUUAAAAUAUUCUAACUACUUUCCAGUUUGGCCAGGUGGUCCUGAAAGUUCUAAGACCUAGCAAGAGCAAUAAUACAUAUAAAGCAGGGAUGAGUACAGAGCACCUAUCUACGAAUAAAAAAAAUAUUUUUAACAAAGGCCAGGUAAAGAAAGCGACACCUAAAUCAAAAACACAUUUAAGCACUUUGGUACUUCACACUUUAUAUAGAAUUAUUAAUGCAUAAAGCAAAUUGUUUAAAAAUAACAAAGUACUACGCAGAUCAUUAAUGGCUUCUAUGAAAUACUAAUUAUCAAAUGUUUACAUAAAAAAUGGAACUAUCCUAUUAAAAAUUCCGGUGUCAUGGUCCAUUCCGUAGACCAGUUAAUGAGUUUUAAAUGAUUUUCUGAAUCAUUUUCUUCUCAUUAUUUACGUCAAUGACUUAUUAAUUAUAAUAAACAAUUAAGUUGCAAUAGUCUAACGGUCAGUAUGUGUUCCGAUGUGGUGUAAGCAGCGUUUGAUAGUGAUAAAAUAAUUCAAUAAAGUGUAAAGUGCUGUAAAGGAUCAUUGUACUUGGAAUUAUUUAAGGUAUUUUUUUCAAAAUCCUAAUAAACAUCUAUUAAUCAUUUUGUCUAUUGUACUAGCUGUUAGUUUUCCUUAUAGAUAAAUAAAUUAAUAAUAAUGGAUCAGCAAUAUCACUAAUCGAUCAGAGAGUAGAAUCAGAGUCAGAGAAUUAUCUGACUAAAAAAAUGAACAAUCAAUAACUUUAGCAACUUCGAUAGAUUGGGCUACUCAGUGGCAACUAUUGUAAUGCAAAACCAUACAAAAAAGAUUUAUUUUCAUAUUUACCUAUCAACAGAGCAAGAAACAGUUUUCCAAUCUGAAUUUUCAAAAGCAUAUUUCCAUACUUUUCAGAUGUCCCAACGCGGAAAGCCAAUUUUGGUAAUAGCAACAUGCGUGCUAUUUACUCUUCUCCUUCCAACGAACACAAAAUACGUCAGUCCUAUUUCAUCACUUUUAAGUUUUAUGAGGGACGAAACAGAUCAGUAUGACAAUGAGCCACCCGACCGAAUAAACUUACUUUCUUCAUACGACUUCAUAGUCGUAGGCGCCGGCACUGCAGGAUGCGUGCUAGCAAACAGACUUACAGAAAUACCAGAUUGGAAAGUACUACUCAUUGAAGCUGGAGCCAACGAAAACUAUGUAAUGGACAUACCCAUUCUAGCAGCCUAUCUACAAUUUACCUCCGCCAACUGGGCUUACAAAACGAAGCCAUCCAAUAAGUACUGUGCAGGAUUUGAGAACCAACAAUGUAAUUGGCCACGAGGGAAAGUAGUCGGAGGAUCCAGUGUAUUAAAUUAUAUGAUAUACACACGAGGAGCUAAGCCAGACUACGAUAAUUGGCAAGCUAUGGGAAAUGACGGCUGGGGAUGGGAUGACGUGCUUCCGUACUUCAAAAAAGUUGAAAAUUACAAUAUUCCAGCCUUCGAUAACGAGGAUUAUCAUGGACAUAGUGGAUACGUCAAUAUUGAGCAUGCACCCUUUCGAACCAGCAAAGGGAAAGCCUGGGUCAAAGCAGCUCAAGAAAUGGGUUUCAAAUAUGGCGAUCACAAUGGUGCCAAUCCAUCUGGAGUAUCUUUUCUUCAACUGUCAAUGAAAAACGGAACGAGGCAUAGUUCUAGCAGAGCUUAUUUGCAUCCAAUAAAUGGGAGAAAUAAUCUUCAUGUAUCCAAAGGCAGUAUGGUUACUAAACUUAUUUUUGACAACACUAAUACCAAAGUUAUUGGAGUAGAAUUUGAAAAACAAAACAGAAGGUACAAAGUCUUAGCUAAAAAAGAAGUAAUUUUAUCUGCUGGAGCUAUAAAUUCUCCACAACUGUUAAUGUUAUCCGGCAUUGGCCCAAAAAGUCAUUUGGAGUCCAUGAAAAUCAAAGUUGUACAAGAUUUACCCGUCGGAUAUAAUUUAAUGGAUCAUGUUGCGGCUGGUGGAGUACAAUUUGUUGUGCAAAAACAAAAUUCAAGUUUUUCGUCAGAAUCAAUUUUAAGCAAUAUCGGUUUGGUAUUUCAAUGGAUGACAACCCACAAAGGUCCACUGUCCGUCCCUGGAGGAUGCGAAAGUCUUGUUUUCAUGAAUUUAAACGACAAGUUUAAUUCUUCAAGUUGGCCAGACAUGGAAUUGCUCUUCAUUGCUGGUGGAUUGAAUUCAGACCCACUUUUACGUCGAAAUUUCGGGUUUAACGAACAAAUCUAUUCUGACACGUACGGUCCUUUAGGUAAAUCCGAUACUUUCAUGAUCUUCCCCAUGUUGCUGCGUCCAAAGUCAAAAGGACGAGUCAUGCUACAGAGCAGAAAUCCCAAAGAAUAUCCGGCACUAGUACCAAAUUACUUUGAUUAUGACGAAGACUUGCAGAAAAUCGUAGAAGGAAUAAAAGUAGCUGUAGACAUUUCGAAGCAACCCGCGAUGAGAAAAAUUGGUGCGAAAAUAUAUGACGUACCGAUCAAGGAUUGUUUGAAAUAUGGGCCAUUUGGUAGCGACGCGUAUUAUGCUUGUCAAGCAAAGAUGUUUACUUUUACGAUAUACCACCUCAGCGGAACAUGUAAGAUGGGACAUAAGAACGAUUCGACGGCUGUAGUCAGUCCGAGACUAAAAGUUCACGGCGUUGAAGGAAUAAGGGUGAUCGAUGCAAGCAUUAUGCCUGAUAUAGUAUCUGGCCAUACAAAUGCUCCAGUUUACAUGAUUGCUGAGAAAGGAGCGGAUAUGAUCAAAAGCGAUUGGGGAAAAUUAUGAUCAAUUCAGAAUACUUAUCAGUGUUUGUGUAAGUGUGCAGUAAUCAUUUUAGUAGGCACCUGUGAUAUUUUAAGUACGUAGUACAUAAUUUGUUUGUCUUUAUCUUAUACAUAUAAUAUGUUUGGUAAGCAAUUACAAUAUUAAAAAGCAA